GAAUAUCCUCUAGUUUUCUUUGUCAUUUUCCUUGGUCAAAAGGUUUUUGUUUUCUAGGGAUUCCAGAUCUACCAGGUUAUUUCUUCAUGCUGUUGAGUAGCGUAUGAAAAGCUCUCCACUUCUGUAUGUGCAAUCCACAUGCCAGUUAUGAAGGACAGCUUUAAAAUUCACAGCUCUAACUAGGGAAUUGAGCUCUUACAGGCGUAGGAUUGCUAUGUAACAUAGGUCAGUACUUUUUAUGCACCACCAAACAGCAUGAAGUGAUCCAUGUCCAGAUCCCCAGUAUUAUGAAGCCCCCGCUGCGUAAACGUGCUGCCCCGACUCGGUAUGAACAACAGCAUCCUGCGGUUGUGCGAAUUGGUCCUCUUCGCCUCACAUGGACAUCCAAGGAAAAGAUUCAGCUGUUGAGGGGUCUCAAAGCCCAGCGGGCCAAUAAGAGCCCAGAUCCACCUGUUAGUGGGCGGAGUCAGGGAGAGGUUUCCUCUUAUAUCUCUUGGUUACGUGGCCGAGCUGCUCGAGAAGCUGUACAAACAGAAUAUGAGCGGUGGGUUCUAGAACGAAAAGCACAUUCUACUAAGCCCCCAGCACCUAUUGAGGUUUGGACCGAUCUAACAAGCAGAAUGGCAGACUCAACAGAGGACGCUCUUACUACAGCAUUUUCCCAGAUGCUAACCAUCGCAGCUACUGAACCUAUAGGUCUCCUUUACUCAGUCCCCCCACAAGCAACACUAGAAGGAUCUCCCACAAAAGACUCUGGAGGAGAUGGGAAGUCUGAUUCUCCAGAGUCAAAUUUACUGGAUAAGGGAUCGGCAAGGGAAAAGUCUUGUUCUUCUGGGGAAAAAACUGUUGCAGGGCCAGAACCGACAAUAUCAGAAUGUGGCAAUAACGAUCCGUGGAAACAGCUAGAUUUUGAAAAGAUUUACAAGUAUAUGUCAAAAGCGGCAAAAGGAGGACCUCUUCCAAAGUUAUCUCCAGAAGAGUCGGCUGUUCUCCUGCACCUACUCCACUCUCUACCAGACCAGUUGCAAAACUUGGACUGUAAUUCUCUUGGCACUUAUCUGUGUGAUAAAUAUGCUUCACUAAACGCACACCCUGAUCUAGAAGGAACAGAUACGUCUACAGACCAACCCAACGGAGGGUGGAAGGACUUGGGAUAUUGUCCUUUAAACCCUUUCCUGAUACCAUUGGAACUUUUGAGAUUGAAAGAGAGAGACUGACUCUUUUGGAAUACUGUUUCUUCCCUUUACCCAAUCUCGUCCCUUUACCCAGUAUGUGAAUCCUUCUCCAUGUUAAACUCUGGAAAUGAAUUUCUAUAAAUCUUUUGCUAUGACAAAGUCUCAGCUCUGCGGACUUCUACAGUUUCUCGCAUGCUUUUCAUACUUAAGUUUUGGCCUUUUCUGGGUAAUUACUGCACAUAAAAUAGCUUAUUUGGAAGAAAAUGGCAGAUUAGACAUAAGGUGAGAUGUAAAUAAAGAUGUGCCAAUUUUACCAUCUUUGACAAUUUUCAAAAGACACCAUCAGCUACUUUGACAAGACUCUUUGUUUAGUUUUGGUCACAAUAAAUAGAGAGAGCCUGUGAUACAGACUGUAUAAAGAAAUCUGAA